AUGAACAAUAGGUGUGGGCGCUUCCAUGGCAAUUGCCUCCCUCCUGAAGACAAACAAGCGAUCGCAAAGUUUGGCUUUGUUUGCUUGGCCUUGUUCUCGAUCAAAAUAAAAUCGGCUCGUUCAUUUCCUGACUUGACGUCCUUCUCUUUCCUCCCGAUCAUGGCUGAAUCGCAGCAAGUUCAUCAUCGCAACGAUUCUAUCGAAUCGAAUGCGACUAUCAAAAGCAUCCAGUCGGCGGGAUCUGUUUCUUCCACUCUCUCGACGGCCUCGACGGCCAGCGUGUCUCUUGGCGUCUACGAGGAGCUCAAACCCGACAUCGAACGCCUUCAACGCACCGUUACAGAGAAGGGUCUUGAGAGAUAUCUUCCCAAAGCUGAACUUCUCGUCUCCUCCCUCUCGUCUAGCGACUUUAACGAGACCGAUUUCUGCGGGUCAAAACUGAAACUCGAUGGAGUCCUCAAAGGGAUGCUUGAGCAUGCUGUGGGCGUCGAUGGCAAGAAAUACGUUCUCGCUGCUAUUCUUUCCUGUGAAUCGCAGGCACAAGGACUGACCGACGACGAGAAACGUCUCGAUUCAAUGAAGCGGCUGAAGGCGGUGGCAGAGACGUGGACGUUCUAUGUGCUGUUUAUUUUCAAAGCCGGUCCCGGUAGCCACAGAAAGCAGCCAUAUCGUACACCAUCCGUCGUUGUGACGCCGACGCUUGAUACAACCGCGGCGUCGCUCCAGAAAGGAUUGAAGCCGUCGAGGACGAUGUCUCGAGACGAUGUUCUGAGGCGAGACGGGUAUCAAUGUGUGAUAACAGGUUGGUUGGACAAGGAACACCUGCACGACCGUGACCUCCCAGCAGCUCCCGUGGAGGCUUCACACAUACUCCGUCGAGCUGUUGCCACCUUCAAGGAUGGCACUGAUGCUUCUCGUGCAGCCGCUCUGACGUUCGAUAUUCUUCGGCACUUCACUGGACUCGGAGAGAAGGUCAUCCAAAAUCUCGAAGACCACGCCGACCAUGUCGCCAAUGGCUUAACACUCAAUCUUAUCGCACAUGCUGAGUGGGACGCGUACGCGUUCUGCUUGAAGGCCACCGACGUCGAACAUGAAUACAAGAUUCAUUAUUUCUCCGAUGUAACGAAAAAGACCAUAAGGACUAUGAGAGGCAACGUGCAGAUUGCGCCAGAUGAGCCCGUGCGGUUCCAAGAUCGCAGCGACGAGUUCCAACAGAAAAAGCGCAAGAAGCUCAACGACGAGGAUGGUGCUCAACCCUCAAGUUCUACGAGGUCUGGUUCCGGGCCACAAGGUUCGUCGCAGUACGAACUCCCCAGCAAAACGUUCAUCGCCAUUCAUGCUGCCGUCGCCGGCGUGCUGAACAUGAGUGGAGCCGGCAAGUUCUUCGACGAGCUCUUGUCCAAAUUUGACAAGGAUGACAAGAAGAACCCUCCCGCGCGUUGCUGGGAUGAUCUGGAGGUAAAGGCCCUCAACUCCCACUUGAGUGAGUCGGUCCAUGAAAUGUUCAUCAAUGCUUGA